AUGUGUAAGAUAAUGGAUAAGUCGCAGGUGUGCUUAGAGCAGCUACCAUGGCCUGCACAGGCAAAAGAUCAUGAUGCUAUUUUCAAGGAUAGAUGUUGUUUCCAUAGGUCAAACACAGAAGAAACGCUGGCUUGGUCUGACUCUGUGGAUACACUACUUGCCAAUAAAGAUGGCCUGGCAGCUUUUAGGAAGUUUUUGAAGUCAGAAUUCAGUGAGGAGAAUGUGGAGUUCUGGCUGGCUUGUGAGGACUUCAAAAGAACCAAGUCUUCUGCCAGCAUUGCUGCCAAAGCCCAAAAGAUUUAUGCUGACUUUAUCGAAGCUGAUGCUCCAAAGGAGAUUAAUAUUGACUUCCAUACAAGAAACCACAUCUCUCAGAACAUCUCAGAACCCACCCUCAGUUGUUUUGAUGAUGCCCAGAGGUUAAUCUAUAGUCUCAUGGCAAAAGACUCUUUUCCCAGGUUUCUAAGGUCAAAAGAGUAUAAGGAACUAGCAAAGAAGCAAGAGAACAGAAAUGAAAAAAGGUGGCUCCCAUUUCUGUGAGAAGAACCACAGAAUCAUCACGGCUGGAAAAGAGCUCUAAGAUCAUCCAGUCCAACCAUCCACCUACCACUACUACUGCCCACUGCCCAUGUCCCUCAGUGCCACAUCUCCACGAUGAUUGAACGCCUCCAGGGACAGUGACUCCACCACCUCCCUGGGCAGCCUGUUUUGAUGCCUCACUGCUCUUCUGGAGAAGUUUCUCCUAAUAUCCAGCCUGAAAAGCACCAAACAGUUUUACUGAAGUAACCACAUUAAUUGGAAUUUGUCACAGUGUCACAAGAAAUGACAGGAUUCUAGUGAAAUUUUUGGGUGUCUCCAAGUGCACGCUCUGAUCUUCAUUGCUCCUCAAAGACUCAUAGCAUAUUUCUAGGUGAAGAAUGAGCUGUAAUAUAUUCCUGAAGAAAAAUAUACUAUAAACCAUACGGGGAAGGAGGAAUAUCCAUGAUCAAAAGUAAUUCUAAAUACGAGAGACAGCAGUAAGAUUAAACAAGCAAAAAAACCCUAGUAACUUUCAUUCUAUAUGAAUUUGGUCCUUUUGCUAUUCUCCAACACCCAUAGCCUAUUCUAUCACCUACUUAAUCUUCUGGCGUUCUGCAUUUCUUUUUCAUUUCUUUCCUCCUCAGCGCUAGUGGUUAGCAGAGAAAUGAACACGAGAGCCGAGGCUGAGCUACAAGGAGGAUGUGGUUUUGUUCGGCGCUCCCGCAGCUAACAUUCAUUUUGCAAUGAUACUUCGGUGGAAAAUUGCAACUUCCGCCCGAGCGCCGUCUCGGUAUCCUUUCAGCACCGGGGAAUUUCUGCUGAUUAAAGUCACGGUGAAGACAGCAAUCAGGACUGCUGAAAUGACAUAAUUUACUCAAAUAUAUAGCAAGCCAUUUUUCCCUCUUACGAAUCCAAGUCUCGUUUUCCGAAGAGGUGAGAUCAAGUCACCUCUCUUAGUAGGCCAAAAGGAAACCCAAAAAAUCUGCUGCACCAAUGAUUUGUGACCUAAGGAAAAGAGUGCCUUGGAAUAGCCUGAUCUAGUAUUAGACGUGGAGGUUGGCAGCCCUGCCUGCGGCAGAGGGUUGGAGCUUGAUGAUCCUUGAGGUCCCUUCCAACCCAAGCCAUCCUAUGAUUCAAUGAUUCUACGAUUCUACGUGUGAUCAUCAAACCAUAGAUGCCUGUCCAUGCUCUUUUUCAAAUUCCACACUCCUGACUUUAUCACAAAGGGAACCAGAGAGCAGCAGAGCAGGAGGCUGUCAGGGAUCUCUAAUUCCUGACUGAAAAUACAGGAUAAAGAGAAGUUAAAAAAAAAAUAGUCCAUCUUCCUAAAAAUAAUGCAUGGUAUUUUUUCUGAUAAAUCUAUAAAGAAAUAGUGGGAAACCCUCAGUGGAAAUGCAUACGUCUGCACAGAUGAACAUAAACUGUGUCCACAGAGGUUGAUAUCUGACUAAUUCUCUGAUCACCAGCCUAAUUAUCGUUUAAAAAAAAAUAAACUGUUCUUAACAAAUUACUAAUUGAUGAUCAUUUUAAUAAUUCUGUGAUAAAGUAUCACGGAAGGUUUUAACACUAUUUCAAUUAAUUUAGGAUGCUUAAACAGAAAUGUACAGUAAUUGAGCUUUUAAGGGUUAUCCCAAACUCCUGUAUAAUAUAGCAUACCAUUUUUUUCCAUCAUCUUCUAAUGAGAACUACUACAACAAAGUAAAUUAAAUAAUUCAUUGAGUAGACUGUUCAAAACUUUAUAAAUUAUUCUUUUUCUGCUUUUUAGAUAUGAGAAAGGCACAGUGCAUAAUCGCUUUAAAUACGCAUACAUGAUCACUUUAAAUUCAUAUAUAACUCGACGUGCACUCAGAAUUUUUCAAAUCAUUCAAGCGCUAUCUUACUACAUAAUAUUCAGUUAAACCAAAGAAUCUACAGCAUACCGCAGUGUUUUGGGGUUGAGCAAUCAGAUUUUUGAGUAUUUAUGUAAUACAACACGCGCAUUAUUAAAUAUUUCCAUUUCAGAAAGCAUCUAAAAACGUCUAGAUGUGAAAAAUGGGAGCCAGUAGUCUUUAUUUCUGUUUAUUCUCUGUAACUAAAACUUUCACAUGUAAAGAAGUCAUAAUCAAGCAUCCCAAACCUGGUAAUUUGAUAGAGGAAAAGGCCAGGCACUGAAGUAGAAGACCAAACUUUGCCCAAAUCUUAUAGCUUUACCAAGAACUUCCAAGAGUGAACUUGGCCUGUUGCUAUAACCUGUUGUGCAAAAACGUGAAAUGGAGAGGUUACCUCCACCUUCCAUCAACACGUUGGACAGGGGUGCCCAUUAAUAUUUAAGGAACGUGUCAACACUACAGGAAGGCACGAUGGACGUUCAGGCUUCUGGGUGAUCCUAUGGACCAUAGCCUCCUACUAUCAGGCAGAGAAAUACCUUCAUUGCCAAAGACAUAUUUUUUCUUUAUGCUUUGUCCACAAGGACAAAAAGUACCGCUGUACCUAAAUAGAAAGCACUAGCAGAGAGUUCUAUUAGAAAGAACAUUUGCACUGCAAGUCUCUUGCUUGCUUUUACUGAAGUAUAGUGGUGGUUCCUUUUUUCACUCACGCAAAAAGCUCAAUUCUGAGAAUUGCUAUGUUUUAAAGGACUCCAUCUCCUUCAGAACAAGAGAAGUGGAUUUAUAAAAAAAAAAAAAAAAAAAGCUCCAAAAUAUAAAUAGUAGAAAUAAACUCAAAGUGGAAUUCAUUUCUUAAUAACACCACAUUGCUGGAAAAAAAACAACAACCCAAACCAACAAACGCAACAAAAACUGAAUUCCUGCACGCAGUAACACUUCUAAGCCUCCCACAGCACACAGGUGCUCUGACUCUGUCAGAUCCAUCACGUGCACGUCACGGCUGGGCUGCCCCAGAAUUACAACCAGAGGCACAACAAUAACACACAUAUAAACAAAUAAAAAUGACCCACUGUCACCACUGCUGAAGCGCAGCACCCACCCCUCGCUGUGUUCACAGCCACUCUUUGGUCUCUGCAAACGUUCAGUAAGCGUUGAUGAAUGCCAAUGGGUGCCAUUUAUUUCCGCAUGGAGAAAUCCAAUGACACCUCUGCGAAUGCUGGAUCUGCAGACUCAGCAUUUUCUGUUUUGUCAGGAAAUUCCCUGCUCAAACUGCAGUGCACAAAGCGACUUGAACACUCAUACACUGAACCACAGGGUUUGCACAAGAACCCCCCCAGCCUCAUUUCAGUCUUGAUCCAAACAUGCAGUUUGAACCAAAAGCUCAAAGGACAGAAUCUCUCCAGCAUCAUCUGCUGCUUAAAUGAGACGAGCAUCACAUUAAGAUGACCAGAGAGCAGUUUUGCACCAUUAACCUCGUGCAACACCUUUACCCCUGAAUGGCAGUUACACUUCGUGUUACACGUGGAACUUCGAAGCACAUUAUGGGCCUGAAGUAUGGAAUGCAUUUUCUGCCUUUUGGUGCACUAAAAGCCAAGGGUGGAAAAGCCAUGGAAAGAAGAAUAGUCACAUUUCCUGACAUUGGUUAAAGAUCUCAGUUUGCUCGAGAAUCCUCAGUUUUCUUACUUUGUUAACAAAAACAAGAGCCUCACUCAAUGCUCACCUCCAAAUGGAGGGUGAUGUUCUGUCUUUACAGUGAUUAGGAACUACAAUUGUUCGAUACUGUAAUUAUGAAGUUAAAUAACUCCAUUUGAAACGUUCAUUUAGUGACAGACAGAAACGUGGCACUAAAAAUACCCCUAAAAGCUUUACUUUAAAUAUUCCUAAGCUGUUCAUUUUGAGAGAAAAUAACUCAUAGAAAAGUUUCUUUUCCAUGUUCUCCAGUUUUUAACCUCUAUAGUGCUUGAUCUCAGAUAUUAGACUCAGUGUAUUCCUAGAUGUUUCAGAGGAAGCCCUGUAUGCUCUGUUCUUUAGUGAGAAAAAGGAGGCGAUAAUAGAGUAAAUAAUUCUCUUCUCUUACUAUUUUGUUGCCAUGGGUUCUGGCUGCCAUGAUGUCAUUUCUCAGUCUGAACUGGGACAUUACCCUGCAUAGUUUUUUGUACCGCAUUUACAUUUGCAUACACAGUGACUACAGCUGGAUUUGUCUCCCCAUUUACACCAGUUUGCAUUUAGGUUUGCAUGUGAAGCUAUAUUUUGGUUGAUGUGUGUGUUCCCAUCUACGCAUAGCUGCGCUGGAAAGACAAACAAAACCUUGUACUCAAUAAAACCUUAGAGAAACCAAUUUUUUUUUCUAGUACAGAUGUUAUAGCUUGAAGACUCAUAAAGGAGAAAGUAAAAAAAAAAAAAAGACUUCUUAAAUUAUAUUUAUUGAAAAGCUUCAAGUGUAUUAUAUAUUACCUUCAGAAUGUCACGUUUUAGCAGAGAGAAGAGCCCAGGAAGAGAAAUCAUGAACUGCCUGAUGUAGUAUUUGGGAUAAAGCAUCUUCUAUUUUCAUUUGUUUUGGCACCAACAUCCCAGUCCAGUCCAGAAAGGAGAGAUUGCCCAACUCAGUCUCCCACACUUGUCAAUGAUCCUCAGGCUGAAGCUUCUUUGGUGAGCUGCCCUGUACACACCUUUCAAUUUUUCACCAAAUCAGUAUGGGGAAAAAAAAAGAAAAGCAUUACUUAAAAUGUCUUACCUUUUUCUCCCUGUGAAAUACAGAACUGGACUACAUUAACUACAGGCAAGAGUCUCUAAUCUACCAGCACGUGUAAAUAAUGUUAUGUAGUAGUUCUUCUAAUCCAGAUAUGGAUAUUUCUGUGACUAACUGAAGCAAAUAGACAGCAUGAAUGGCACAAGGGACAUCUGCUUCUAAACAGAUAAAGGAUAAAGAAUCUAAAAAGGUGUACCACGAAGGAAAAUCUCAGUCUUGAAAAUUCUAGCAGGAUAAACUCCUUUGCCAGGCUUCUUAUUUCAAACGCCAUAUUGAGUAGAGAAGGCGCAUAGGCAAAUUCAGGCUGAAUGGGCUGACACCAGAAGACUCGAAACACUCAACACUGUGAAACAAUGCUACAUAAGCUCAGGGACGUCAGAUAAAACGCCACUGGCAUGCACUAAGACUAGUGCUUGCAUUGCUAGCACUCAUUCCUGAGCUCUACAUUCGGCCUUCCUGCCUCGGCUCAUUGACGUGAAGAGAAUUCUUCAAGUCUUUUUGGCACUCGUACAACGUUAACACUUGUCUUGAAGCACUAUCAGCAACCAUACAAAUUACUCACCUCAAAUUCCUUGAAUUUAAUUUCUAGAACAAACGGUCUGGAUUUUGACCUAAAUUCAACCAUUUCACCCAAUGGAAGGACUUAAGCAGAGCAGUCAUGCAAGUCGUGCUAUAAGAUGCGGCUUGCCAAGGGGCAUAGAGGAGGUUUUGCGACAUGAUAUAUUUAUCUUUCCAUGUCAAAUGAAAAGCACAGCCUAUCCUGGUCUGGGCAGACACCUUUUACAGCCACAAAUGGUUUUCACUGUUGAUAGUUAUUCAAUACAAGAAGUUAUGAGGAACGUUUGGUUGCUCAGCAGUAUCUAUGGAUUUAAUAAUUACAGAAAUAGAAACAGUCACUGUAUCUCAAGCUGCAGUAUUUUAGUAAUAAUUUCCAAUGUCCUUUUUGUGUUUUGUAUUUAUUUUUGUAAUAACUAUUCAUUAAAAUU